AUGGACGCCUUGCAAAAACAAUUCGAGUCAAUGUUCUGCCCACCUCUCGACUCUGCCUUAGUCGCCGCUAUUGUCAGUGACGAAAAUAACGUAAAUGAAUGUUUUAAUAUUCUCAGUUCAUUAGCAGAAGAGGCAAAUUCAUUUCUUGACGCUGAACGAGAAAAUUUUGGUGAAUCAGAAUUUUCGGAAAAUUGUA